AUGGACAUCCUAACAUAUGAGAUGGAGAAUACUGCUGAGACCUUUGGGACCACAACCUUUGACUACAAGUUGUCAGAGCCCUGUGAAAAAGUCAACAUCAAGGAGCUGGGGGCCCAGUUGUUACCCCCACUGUACUCCCUCGUGUUUGUGGUGGGUCUGGUGGGCAAUGUGGUUGUGGUGGUGAUUCUGACCAAAUACAGAAGACUCAAGAUUAUGACCAACAUCUUCCUGCUCAAUCUGGCUAUUUCUGAUUUGCUCUUUCUAUUCACUCUGAUUUUUGGGAUUCAUUAUGUUCGGUGGAAUGAGUGGGUAUUUGGCCAUAUUAUGUGUAAGGUCCUCUCAGGGCUUUAUUACAUGGGUUUGUACAGUGAAAUCUUUUUCAUCAUCUUGCUGACCAUAGACAGAUAUUUGGCCGUUGUCCACGCAGUAUUUGCCCUCCAGGCCCGGACGGUCACUUUUGGUAUCAUAAGCAGUGUGUCUACCUGGUGCCUGGCAGGGCUAGCAGCCCUCCCUGAAUUCAUGUUCCAAAAAUCUCAAGAUGAGUUUGGACAGUAUAUUUGCAGCCCUGAUUACCCUAAGGAUGAAGAAGACACCUGGAAGCGGUUCCAUGCUCUGAGAAUGAAUAUCUUUGGUCUUGCUCUGCCUCUGCUGGUUAUGGUUAUCUGCUACACUGGAAUCAUUAAAACGUUACUGAGAUGCCCUGGGAAAAAGAAGCAAAAAGCCAUUCGGCUCAUUUUUGUCAUCAUGGUUGUCUUUUUCAUUUUCUGGACUCCCUACAACCUAGUUCUCCUGCUCUCUGCUUAUCAAUCUAUCUUCUUUGAGGACAGCUGCGAGAGAAGCAAACAGCUGGACCUGGCCAUGCAGGUGACUGAGGUGAUUGCCUACACGCAUUGCUGUGUCAACCCUGUGAUCUACGCCUUUGUGGGUGAGAGGUUCCGGAAAUAUCUGCGCCACUUUUUCUACAGGCACGUGGCUAUCUACCUAGGAAAAUACAUCCCCUUCCUUCCUAGCGAAAAACUGGAAAGAGCCAGCUCUAUCUCUCCCUCAACAGGGGAGCAGGAACUCUCGGCUGCAUUUUAG